AUGCAUUCAGAGGACGCACAAGCAUUGGUCUCUGCAGCUGAGACAGCCCAGGCAAACGACGUGGUGUGUGCCAUAGCGGAGAACUUCCGUAUAGAGGACAUAUUUGUGAAGUGUGGAGCCCAAUUCGGAAUUGAUACCGGAUUAGGAGAUCUACUUGAGAUACAGUGGGCUGCGUUUGUACAUAUGCCACCGGAAACAAGCCCAUGUGCUCAGAAUCAGAUGUCUGAUUCCAUGUGUACACCCAGACAUGCGGCCACGCCUGGGCGUCAAGUCUCCGAAUACAAUGGGGGCAUGAUCAUGGACGCAGGCGUACACACAGCCGCCGCAUUGCGCGUCUUAGCUGGAGGACGACAGGUUGACAGAGUGAGUGCGUUCGUAUCACGGAAGGGGUCGCAUCUGCCCAAGAUCGACACCGUGGCGUCUAUCCUAAGGUUUACACAG